AGCGCGGGGUUGUCGGAGUCGGCCGACGGCGUACUCACACUUCACCCAACGUGGUUGACUCCUGCAGAACAGCGCGAGCCAUGGAGGGCGACAGCAAGCCCGACGAUGAGAUUACCCUCAAGCCCAAGAUGACCCUGCUGAAUGGGAUCACCGUUAUCGUGGGCAGUAUCAUUGGUUCCGGUAUAUUUGUUUCACCCUCGGGAGUUCUGAAGAACACCGGCAGUGUUAACGUGUCCCUUAUAGUAUGGACGUUGUCUGGGGUGUUUUCUAUGGUGGGGGCGUAUUGUUAUGCCGAGCUUGGAACGAUGAUCCGGAAAAGCGGUGCCGAUUACGCCUACAUCAUGGAAACUUUCGGACCAUUCGUUGCCUUUAUUCGCUUGUGGAUUGAAUGCAUGAUUGUAAGGCCCUGUUCGCAAGCUAUUGUAGCAUUGACAUUUAGUCAGUAUGUGAUGAAACCCUUUUUCCCCGAGUGCGACCCUCCAGAUGAUGCUGCUAGAUUACUGGCUGUGUGUUGUAUAUGUGUUUUAACAUUUGUAAAUUGUUACGACGUCAAAUGGGCGACUAGAGUACAGGAUGUGUUUACCUAUGCCAAACUGUUGGCUUUGUUUGUCAUUAUAGCAGCUGGAGGAUAUCAGUUGUUUAAGGGGCACACGGAGCACUUUUCGUUCAUCAACACAAAGAGCGAAGUUACUUCACUGGCAUUAUCAUUCUAUUCCGGCCUGUUCGCCUACAAUGGCUGGAAUUACUUAAAUUUUAUUAUUGAAGAACUGAAAGAUCCAGUUAGAAAUCUCCCAUUAGCUAUAGCGAUUUCCUGUACUCUGGUUACGAUAGUGUAUGUUUUGACCAACAUUGCAUUCUACACCACACUUUCUCCUGUCGAAAUAUUGGGAUCAAAAGCUGUUGCUGUCACAUUCGCGAAUAGGGUGUUUGGUCCAUUUGCAUGGACCAUUCCUGUUUUUGUGGCUCUCUCUACUUUCGGAGCGGUGAAUGGAAUCCUGUUGACUUCCUCAAGAUUAUUUUACGCGGGAGCUUGCUACGGACAGAUGCCAGAGGUCUUGACUAUGAUCCAGGCUCAAAGGAUGACACCAACACCAUCGGUAUUAAUAAUGGCACUUCUGUCGAUGUUAUAUUUAACGGUAUCAGAUAUUGACGCACUGAUAAAUUAUGUAGGCUUCGCUACAUGGUUAAGUAUUGGAGUAGCAGUACUGUGCCUUCCUUGGUUGAGAUGGAAGCAGCCGGAUCUAGAACGACCUAUUAAAGUGAGCCUUUUCUGGCCAAUACUUUACCUACUCUGCACAAUUUUCGUAACUGCCGUACCAAUGGCUGCCAGUCCGUAUGAAACUGGAAUGGGUGUACUUAUGAUUUUGUCCUCGGUUCCAGUUUACUACAUUUUCGUUUACUGGCCCAAACCAAAGUGGUUCCAACAAGGUUCUAGCAAUGCCACCAUGUUCCUUCAGAAAAUAUUUGUUGUGGUCGGCAAAUCGAAAACGGCGAAACUGUGAGCGACGAAAACAUAUCUUUAAUUAUUUAUUUAAGGAAUGUCUAUAAUUGUUAAGAAAUUUAUGGCACCAAAGAAACCAACGUAUUUAUUUUCGAUUUAUUCGAUUCUAUUUAAUAAAACUGACCAACCACUUCUAAUUAUCUACGUCGGUUGGAUGUCAUGUAGAUAUAAUAUAUUGGAUGGUCAGGAUUAUUUAUACACGGUAUAUCUAAACGCUUGACCAACUUUUAAUGGUGAAUAUCAAUUCUUCAAGUUGGUUACAAAAACACGCAUGUAAAUAUUUUUGCAUACUCAGGUAAAUUUGUUGAAUUUGAAUAAUUUUUACUGGAGGAAUAUAAUUCUGGUUUAAAACAACAUGAUGUUUAUAGUUGCUGCACCACAUUUUGUAAUAACACUCUGGGCUGCGGUAUCAUUUUUCGUUCCCGCAGAAUUUCCUCGAGAAUUUUGUUUGAAAAUUGAUUUUUAUUUUCCACAGUCUUAGAUAUAUUCCUCAGCUACAGAGGGUGAACGCCACCUAUUGUACCUUUUAAGGCCUAAGAUAAAUCUGUUCCUUGGUUUGAAAGAAUAGUGGCACUUCGGAAUGCGUGUCCAGUAUAAGUUGAUUGAGCAGCAAUUUUAAGCAAUGUGCAAUUUUACUGGGCCAACUUCCUGUGGUAUUUUUACCCACUACCUGGUUUGUGACCUUCCCAUCUCGCAUUUCCAAGAAUAAGUGAGCUAACUUUGCCUGUUUUGGUCGUAGUGCUAGAAAUUCUUUAUAAAAUUCCAAAUUAUUAACUGUCUCGUUUGCCUGAUUGGUUAUUGCAAACGUUCGUGAUAUAUUUUUAGUGUCGGGAAUAUUUACUGUUAUAAAUACACGUUUAUCUUCAAUGUCAUUUAUUUUCAUAUUAUGUAUUUCUUCCCUUCUGCACGCCCCUGCUACUCCAAAUAUUAUUCCUACUUUUAUAUUUAAAUAAACUUCAUCAGAAAAAUUAUUUAAAAACUUGUACA